AUGACAGUCUUGGUGUACUCAGGGAUGGUCUAUAAGAGUUUGAUCACGGAGAAAGUCCUACUGACGGUCGUCCAGUGGCAUGUAGCAGACACUUCUUUGGUGAAUAUUUCCCACACCUGUGCAUCAGCUGGGAAAUAUGGUGCUGCCUCACGGCUGCGGUUAGAAGCACGAGUGCAGUGGUGCGCCCUGGCGGGAACUGGAGGUAGUGCCGGCGCGCAGGGCAGUAGCGCGGAUAGCCUCACUUUCCCUGAAGGCGGCGUCAGCCGUGUCGAUGGUGAAAAUGUCGGAGUGUGUGUGACUAUAGCUGAGUGCAGUGCUGAGUGCAGUGAGUGUGCAGUAGGAGAGUAUCUCGACCUGGUGCUUUUUAUAGACCCAAGCUUGAAGGUUGAACGAGCAGAAGAUCCACUGCUGGACGAGGACAGGCAUCAUCCCACUCUAUCUACUACUAUGGUUACUACCUUGCCCUCCCCAGUCACUAGUCCACGAGAGUUGCUUGAUUUUCGACGUUGCGAUGUAGAUGCUGUCCUCAGGGAACUCCAAACUCUAUACUAUCCCACAACAAAUGAGAAUGGCUCUCACCUAGGACCAUUACUAUUCAACAUCUUCAUAAACUACAUCACCAGUGUGGCAGCCUCUCGUUUCCUUCUCUUUGCGGACGAUAUCGAGCUGUUUAACAGAGUCACUUCUUCAUUUGAUCAAGAUGAACUCCAGCGUUCCAUUGAUAGUAUAUGCAAGUGGUGUGAGGUGAAUCCAAAAAAGUGCGUCGUGAUGCACUUCAGCCGCAGUGAAGUGGUUUUCUCUUAUGGAUACGCAAUUAAUGGGAACAAGCUGAAGACGUUUGAUGAGAUGAGGGAUCUGGAAUGUGUGAGGGAUGUAGGGAGGAUGUCCGGGGAGGAGCGGGAGGCGCGGUCCGUGGCCUUGGAGAAGGCGUAUGUUCAUCAGGUAUACCAGCAGAUCUCGGCGGCGCAGUACCCACAAACACACAAACAGUCGCGCUCUUGGCCCAGAGUCAAGCAAUUUCUGGAGGAUCUAGAACCCGGCUCCCUCGUCUGCGACGUGGGUUGCGGUAACGGCAAGUAUCUCAGUGUGAACCCCUUCAUCUACCAGUUAGGGGCAGACCGCUGUGCCCAGCUCACUGAGGCGGCUAGGCAGAAGGAGAACGAGGUACUGGUCUGUGACAACCUGGCGCUACCAUUCCGCGACGACAGUUUCGACGCUGUACUGUCGAUAGCUGUGGUCCACCACUUCGCCACCACCGAGCGUCGAGUGGGAGCUCUGCGAGAGCUGGCACGGGUCCUCAGGAUAGGUGGUCGUCUCGUCAUCUCUGUCUGGGCCAUGGAGCAGAGGCACAGGAAGUUUGAAUCGCAAGAUGUCUUAGUGCCAUGGCACAAACCGCAGCACCUCAGUACACCCUCCCUGGAGCUGACCUCCACUACCACCACCACCUCCGAGGAGGAUGGACCUCCCCCCUACCAUGCCUACACACAGACCUCUGAUAGCGACUCAUGCAGAGCGGGAGCAAGUGGUCAACGCAAGCGAGGUCGGAACCGUCACAAGGGGCGUUCAAUUGACCCAGCCAAACCUCUCACCAGCUCGCCCAGCAGUAGUAGUCUCUCCAGCCCUAACGAGACAUGUUAUAGCUUCGUCCGCAGAGCUCUCCAGAAACUUGCUGGUAGCAAACGUGGUGGAUCCCGCCACCGGCCUUGGUUCUUAGACUCAUGGACAUCAUGUGCUAAAGAACCUCCCUCUCAUCGUUACGACCCUGAAGGCUGUGAAGAUGUCCAUAAUUUACCGAUAGAGCUGCGGAGGCUAGAGGAAGAACAAGAGGCUCCACAGCGAAGACAAACAUUUGCAUGUUCUCAUCAGCUAUCUGACAUUCCCCUAAAUCACAAAUCAAAGAGUUUGACAGACAUUAUUGCAGUGGAACAAAGAUCAAUUGUGAGGUCCCGCUCCAGUGUUCCCAGUCUGGAAGUUUCUCCUCCUGAAGAAGCAGAACCAGUGACUACUGAAACAACAGUGACAGGGACAAAGCCCAAAUUAGUGAAGCAAAAGCAGUCUGUGUGUGAUGAAGACUUUGAUGGUGAAGAUGGAGAUGAGCCAACAGACAUGAGAGAUCUUGUGAAAGCUCUCCCAGAGUUCAAAAUAUCAGGUUAUGGAGGAAUAAAAAGGGGAAACGUCUUCAAACAAAGCUCAAUGAAUGAGGAGUUAAUGUCAACUGAACGAUUAAGGGAGAAAGAAAGAGUUAGACAGAACAUUCAGAAACAGGCAUCACUCAAUGAAGAUUUGAUGUUUAGAAGAAACAGAACAUUAGACUCACUGCGUGAAUCAUUAUUUUCAGUAUCCACUGCUAAACGUUUUCAAUUGCUGAAAAAUGGUUUCACAAACAAGAUUAAAAGUUCCACAACAGGAAUUGAGAAAGUUGCAGGAGCAUCUUUCAAAAAUGGUUUUGUUAGAAUUUUACAAGGAUGGACAGGACAAGAUGUGGGAUCUCCUAUCCCGCAACCUGCUCCUCCUCCUCACACACCUGCCACAGAUUCUCAAAAACUUUUGGUGGAGGAGAAGAAGGAAAUUGAAAGGAGACAUUCUAGAGAGGAUGGUUCAGAUUCGUCUAAAGACAGUAGUUUACAAAGUGAUACAAGUGUGGAUUCAGAGGAUAGUUUUGCUUCAGUAAUAUUUGUUCCUAAACAUGAACCUCCUCAGGAGCAAAACUCCAGCAACACUUCACCAACACUUCAGUCCACCCCUGCUUCACCUGGUCCAACAUCUCCGAAAGUCAAACUCCCUCCUCCAAUCUCACCAAAGAUGAAACAACCACCACAAAUUUCAUUUGGGAUGUCUUCACACCCAUCUUCUCCUAAACUUAAACAUCCUAGUGCUCUUCUUGGCUCACCCACUCCAAGCUCUCCUAAAAUAAAGUUUUAUUCUCAACCAACCUCCCCUAGGCCUUAUCAAACUUCUUUUUUAACAUCUCCGACAUCAAAAUCUACAUUCAAACUACAAGCUUCCCCAAAUGGUUCUAAUAUGUCUUCCCCAACCUGUAAAUCAUUUCCAUUUACACAUCCAUCUGCUUCAAAAGCAUCAUCAUCUUCAGGAUCUUUCACAAUUCCUAGUAUUGGUCACAUCACUCCUACCUCCCCUACAGCGGACCAACCUAGAGUUAAUGAAUCUUCCCCUAUAUUAACUCCUACUCAAGCUCCUACAGCAACGAUCCCUUCACCAAAGGACGGUAAAACUGCUAGCUUGACCUCACCUAAAGAAGAAACCAAGUCAUCAGCGUUCUUGGAACUUUGGCCCAGUUUGUCUCCUGGUGUAUCACCAACUUCUCCUUCAAAAGACUCAACCAAGCGGUUACUAUUAGAUGAAGAUUUGGAUAGACCUCUGAUAGAGAAGCAGACAGAAAAAAUGAAAAAAAUCCAAGAUAUAUUAAAACAGAAGGAGAAAUCCGGUGGAUCGCGCUCACAGUUCCCCUUGGUGAGACGUGCAGUCACAGUUUCCACAUCUCGGGGUGGGUCCGACACUCCUCCUACCCGCCCUCUACCACGUCUCAUGUCUCUGGAGUUGUUCAAUCCCGAGACUGAUGACAUGGACAGUGACUCUAGUGGUGUAUCUUCUCCUGACUCGGUAGGCAGUGUCAUCUCGGUGCUCAAUGAUGAUGAUCACUCGACACAAGAAAUCCUGGAGAUUUCAAAGUCUGGUGAUGCAGUCUCCAAUGACCCUGAACAGAUGUCUUCAAACUCUGAGCUUAAGCUUUCAUGUCUUCCAGUAGCAUCUACCCAGGAGAAAAUUCGCUUAGAAAUUGAAGAAGCUCAAAUAGAAACAAUACACUCACCUCGAGUAUCACCGUCCCAGAGUCUGUUGGAGGCUGCAGCAGAUGUUGCAAGUAGUUUGGAAGAAACAGUAGAUGCAGUCAUUCAGUCGAGCCCUCGAGCAAAGAGGAAACAAUUAAAACUCUUUGAAAACACAGAUCCUUUAAUAGUUUUGCAGGAUGAUUUGAUCACUAGAAGAAGUCAAAAAAUUACAGGGAGGGAAAAAACUGAUGAGUCUCCAUCCCUUCCUGAAAACACAUUCAAGAGGAAGGUACAAGACCGAUGGAGCCUCCAGCCUGAAGGAUCUGCUUCGUUCCUGCCACUUGAGUCAAGCAAAGCAAGCAGUUUGGGUGCGAUUUCCAAGACAAAAACCACACAACCCUCAGAGGACUUUUCAAAAGAGAAAGAUUCUUGGGAUGAAGAGUGUAGACAACAUUUAGCUGAUUUUGCUGAGAAAUUGAGUGAAAAACUUCUUGCAGAAAUUGAUAGAUAUAGAGAGCAAAGCUCAAUACCUUGUUUGAGUAUAGAGAGUGAAAACUUACCUAGUGGAAUACAAAACAUGAAUGAUCCAUAUUUAAAUAGAUUAAGUGAAGAACUUCAUGACUUAAAAACACUAAGUUUGGAACUACAUGAAAGCCACACCAGUUUUGUUAGAAAACUCAGGGAGACAGAUCUUAUAGGAGUUCAGGUAUCUGUGGAUAAACCUAAUGAAGAGGUGGAUGUUAAAGACUAUUUCUCUGAGACCAUAGACCAAGAAGAGGCUCCCAUGGCACCAUCAUCAUUGAUUCCGAUAUUGUCAAUAGACCAGAAAACUAGUUCAAAUGUAAAUUUAGAACAAUCAACUAGAAUAGAAAUUUUACAACCAGAAAUCCAAACAAACUCAGAAGCCCAAGAAGGCAGUAGUGAAGAUAGUGAAAAUAGUAAUAAGGUAAAAUUAAAAAGUAAUGAAGAUGUAGAUAGAAGUGUAGAUAAUCAAGAAACUGUGACAAUAAUAACAGAAAAUUUAUUUGAACAGAGAACAGAAGUUACGAUUGAAUUGAGCGAUGCAGAAAGUUCUACAAGUAGCGAUAACAGUUGGGCUGACUCUAGACGGAACACAAUUUUGCACACGGACAAGCAUCUGCAUAUUGCAAGGGGAGAAAAGAGCAAUGUUUUGAGUUGUGGUGAAGAUGUGACAAGAAUAGAAAUCCUUCCUGGCAGUGAGAUCCCACGUAGGCCAAGUAUCUCAAUUGAGACAACUGAUCGUGUAGAAAAGGCUGCAGUGCGUGAAAUCUUUGAUUCGGGCCAAUUGCGACCAAAUAUCUCGGUGGAAUCCAGUGAUGCCGGUGACAUUUCUGAGAGAACAGCAAGCAGUAGUGAUGGUAGCAGAUCUGGAUCGAGACGAGACACAAUACAAAUCUGUGAUUCAGGAAGUGUCCUUUCAUUGCGACCGGGGACAUCUUUAGAGUCUAGUGAUGCAGGGGAUGUUUCUGAACGGACUGGAAGUGGGAGUGAGGGGAGUAGGACCGGUGAUUCGAGACGGAAUACAAUAUCCAUUGGAGAUCACACAAGUGGGAGUCAGACAUCACUGUUGAGACCGGAAGUAUCGUUAGAAUCAAGUGAUUGUGGGGAUGUUUCAGAGAGGACAGGUAGUAGUGAUUGCAGUCGAGCCGAUUCUAGACGUGAUACGAGUUCAGCUGGGAAAACAGCCAGUACUGCUUCACUGGCUUCAGACAAAGCUAGUGAUUGCAGUAAAGAUGCCACAUAUGCGGAUCGACGGAUAGCACGCUGUGAUGGGAGGUCAUCCUCGGAAGAAACAGCACCUCAACGAAGAGGUUGUAUGAAUAAACUGGUACGGCAAAGGGCCUCCACACAGGAGCCUCCAGAAACGUUAACAAAGACUGAAAGUUGUGAGACAUCUCUCAGUGGUUCGACUUCCCAAGAGUCUCUAAUGUCGGACAGUGGUGGAGGUGCUAUCACAUUCCACCGUUAUUACCAUGUCUUCAGAGAAGGGGAGCUUGACCAACUGAUAGAGCGUUAUGUGGAGAACUUACACAUCAUCUCAUCAUACUACGACCAUGCUAACUGGUGCGUUAUUGCGGAAAAAGUGCACGUCUGGACGAUCUAACUCGUGACAAGUUUUUAAUAGCUUUAACUUAAUCUAUCGGUACUUUACUCGUACAAAGAUCUUAUAUAAAAUAUCCUUAAGUAAAGUAAUUUAUAU